AUGACCACAAACCUUGUGGAAUCUCUAAACGGCGUAUUUAAAGGAAUUAGAAACCUCCACAUCACUGCGUUGGUAAGAGCAACCUAUUAUAGAUUGGGGUCACUUUUUGCAGCAAGAGGCAAAAAAUGGAGCGCUGUUUUGGAAUCAGGGCAAUUAUUCAGCGAAACCUGCAUGAAAUAUAUGAAGGAGGAAACUGUUAAAGAGGCCUCACAUCGAGUUAGAGCAUUUGACAGUCACGAUUACAGCUUCAUUGUUGACGAGACAAAGGAUUAUAAUGAGGGUCGGCCAAUGGGAUACUACAAGGUGGAAAUUCAUAAAAAUUGGUGCGACUGCGGAAAGUUUCAAACUUUCUGUAUGCCUCGUUCAUAUGUCAUUGUCGCAUGUUCCAGUGUUCGUCAGGAUCCAUUCUUGCAACUAUCAGAAGUUUACAAGGUCGUGAACUUAUUCGGUAUCUCCAAUAACAGCUUUCUAGUGGUAACUAGUGAGGACUAUUGGUCAACCUAUCAUGGGGACACAAUUUACCACAACGAAAACAUGAGAAGAAACAAAAAGGGUCGGUCCAAAAGCACGCAAAUUAGAACUGAAAUGGAUACAACUGAGAAAAUGGAAAGAUUGUGUGGAAUAUGUCGUCUUUCCGGGCAUACGAGAAAACGUUGUCCAAAUGUUGGAACAAGUUCUAGAUAG